AUGGAAGACACAUAUAUCCAGCCAGCGGACCCCCGCUCUAGCUCCGAGCCAGAGGAAAGCUCCGACAGCGAAGCUUCAAUAAAAUCCACCCGCUCCUACAUCCUCUCCCCAAUCCACGAAAACGGCCGCCGCUACUGCGACACAACCUACUUCAUGCCCAACGACGAAACAGAACUCACAAGGCUUAACAUCCUCCACCAAAUCUACUUAAUCCUCCUAGACGGCCACCUAACAACAGCCCCCUUCCGCACCAAUGCGCUCUCCGCCCCGCGAAUCCUGGACAUCGGCACCGGGCCCGGCGACUGGGCCAUCGAAAUGAGCGCCGAGUUCCCAAACGCCGAAAUCAUUGCGUCGGAUAUUGGCGUCUUUGACUCGGGGCUUGGCCAGCUUUCAUUGCCGAAUGUCGAGUUUCAGCUUGCGGAUGCGCAGGAUGAGUGGACUUAUCAUGAGCCAUUUGAUCUUGUGCAUGCUUUUGCGCAUUUGAAGCCUGGGGGGUUUAUUGAGGUUGCGGAUGCGGAUCCGGCGGGGGAUACUAUUUGUUUGAGGGGGCAGGGUGAUGAGGCGGGUCGAGGUCAAGAUCUAGAGGAUGAACUUGAAGAUGAAGAUGGCUCGGAUGAGGAUCCAGAGCCUGAAGAGUCAGAGUCCGAGUCCGAGUCGGAAACGCACUGCCAGCCAAAUUCAAGUGACGGUCACGGUCCAACCUCGACUCCGUCCAAUCUCCAAAGAUAUGCCGCUGCACUUCGCGCCGCUGCUAAUGAAGCUGGGUAUCCCAGGGACCUGGAACAUCUCCGCACAACGGCCCUCGCUGCGGCGGGUUUCGUCGAUAUCCGCGUUAUAGAAAGGAGUAUUCCGAUUGGACUGUGGCCAAGUGACAUGCACGAAAAGACGCUGGGCAAAAUGACGCUGAUCGCGCUGUUGGAGGGUUUGGAAGCGUAUGCUUUGAGGCCGCUGACGGCGUCGGGGAAAUGGAGUCUGGACGAGGCGCGGGCGCUUUGUGAAUCGGUGAAAGAGGAGGUUCUUGACGCGGAGGGGUUGAGGGUUAGGGUGAGAGUUGUGACGGGGAGGAAGCCUGUUUCGUUUGCGCAGAAGAGGAAGGAUGUUCUUGCCAGGGCGAGGGAUCGGGCGAAGUUUUUUAGGGAGAAGGGGAUGGUGCCGGGCGAUGGGGAAGGUGUUGAUUGGGGGUUUGAGGAGAAGGAUGGUAAUGGGUGA